UGUUGACACCUUUUGCCUAUACAAUUUUGCCUACACAUACAGUUCCUUCACCCGGGAAUGAAUAAGGCUGGGGCCCCAGUAUUACAAUGCGAUCGAGGGCCUUGAGCACCGACUACUCUUUAGCGUUUCCCAUGACUGAGAUGCCACUGUAGAGGCCCGACUGUUCGAAGCAGGGCAUUGUUUGUUUCCUGCCGGCAGAUGCUAUUGGAGUGCGACGACUAGCUCCUUUCCACGCCUGUGAUGGCGGCUCUGCAUGUCAAGCUUCCUCCGCUUAUAGAACGGCUACGUUCUGCUGUUGGAGAGGAUGCUCAGGUUCGGGACUUUGCCAGGAGCCCAUGCACGGAUUAGCGAAGAUGCCCGUGGUCGUGCGACCAGUUCUGGAUCACAUGCCCAAACACUUUCAGGUUGCUGCGCUUUCGGCGUUGCGUCAAGCGUUGGAGCCUUCUAACAAUGAGGGGACACCCUGCGCCGACGACUUCGUUGCCAGCUGGCUUCCCAGCGUGCUGCAAUAUUUGCAGGCAUCAAGUUCCUCGGACGUCAGGCGGUUCUUGGCAGCCUUCACCAGCCAGGUCGCCCUCAACCACACAGGCGUGCAGGGGCUGAUGCACUGUACGGCGUGUCUAGCAGUACUACUGCAGGAUGUGUCUCCAGGGGUCGUCAAGGAGGCGGUGCUGGCGUUUGCAUGCGUGCUUCGGGCCUCGCUUGCGUUGGUCUCUUUAAAGCCAACGCAGCCGGACGUUCGGGACAUGUGGGACACCGUUCGCCGGCUGCAGGCGGACGUGGUGGGCGUCAGCCAGAACCACCAGAGCAACUGCGUGAGGGUGGCCGCAGCCAAGCUGGCAGAGCACAUUGUGCUGCUGUUCACGCAUGAUGCAGCGCCUAGCAUACCUGGUGUUCCCGAGACCCUGGUCAAUAAACUCCGCCUGCCCGACGCCUCCCGCCUCGCCACCGAGGCGGACGCGCUGCUGCGGUGGCUGCAGGAGCCGCUGCGCCCCGCCCUGGCGCUGGACCAGCCGCCCUCGCGCCUCAUCGCACACAUCUCCGCGGCCUGGGGCAUCGCCAUCGCGCGACCCAACCUCAUGGGCAAGCUGCUGCCGGUGCUGAUGGCGCUAGCAAAGGAGGGCGGCUUCCUAGCCAGCAACGCCCCAGACGCUGCUGGCCGCAGCGGCGGCGACGUGAGUGUGGGCAACGCGCUGCGGGGCGGCCUGGCUGCGGUGCUGCGCAGUCGGCUGCCCUCCUCCACCCCCUGGCGGGACCGCAUCGUGGGGGCGCUGCGCAGCCUGGGGGCGGGCGACACGGCAGCCAACAUGAUCAAGUACAUUGAGCGGCAGGAGUGGAAGGAGCGCAGGGCGCAACGUGAGAAGCGCCCCGCGGACGACCUCCUCGCCGGCAGCGAUGCCAAGAAGACCCACUCCCUCCCGCCCGGCAGCGGCACCGGCAGCAGCGGCAGUGCGCCCGGCGCCCUCGUGAAGGCAGAGCCGCCCGCGGCAGGACCCGCAAUGGGGCCGUACGCUGCCCCAGCCGUCGCUGACGGCGGCAGCGGCGCCCGUCUGACACCGCCGGCGGCGGCGGUGCUCCCGUACCCGCAACCCAACGGUCCCGCGACGCUGCCGCAGCCCAUGACUGCCGUACCGCAGUACGGAGGCCACCAGGCGGGAGGCCCCGGGGCGGGGUUUGGAAGUCAGCAGCCGUACGGUUUCGUCGUGCAGGCGCCGCAGGCACAAGCACAACCACAACCGCAGGUUCUGUUAGCACCCCCGGGCGUUGCGACCUUGCAACAACCCCUACCUCAACCGCACCCCCAGCAACCGGCUGAGCAGGUCCCUGUGAUGGACCCGCACCAGCAGCAGCUGCAGCAGCAGGCGGCGGCCCAGGCGGCGGCCAUCGUGACUGCCGCAGCACAGGUGGCGGCGGGGCUGCCCCGGGUGAUUGCGCCGCCCUCGGAGGCCGCGGACCUGGAACAGAUGCUGCAGUACGUGGACGCCGCCGUACGGUGCCAGGACGAGUCGCUCAUGGAGUCGCUGCUCACGGGUCUGGUCCAGGGGCAGCCCGUGCUGCUGGCUGACCUAGUGCUGGCACACCUGCCGCUGCUGCCGCCCAGCCUGCCGCCGCAGUUCUGGCCGCCCACGCAGACAGAGGCAGCGGCGGCGGCUGCAGCAGCCGCGGCAGCGGCCGCUGCCGCUGCCGCCGCGGCGGCGGUAGCCGCCGUCGCUCCCGAUGCGACCAUGUCCUUUCCGACGACCGCGCUUCCUGCCCCUGUCCAGCAGUUCCCAGCUGCCGUACAGGAGCAGCAGCAAGCGGCAUUUGGCGCCGUCGGCAGGGCUGGUCCAGCGCGUACACCCACGCCACCUCCAGCGCUUGCAGCGGCGGCGGCGGUAGCGCCGCAAGCGCCUGCGGCUGUGAUGUUGCAGCAGCAGCAGCCGUACGGAGCCGUGCUGGCACAACAGCAGCCGCCUCCUGCGCUACAAAUGCCGCCGCAGCCAGCGGCGGCGGCGGCUGCGCCGCCUGCGGCUGCACCGCCAGGUCGUCGCAGCCGCGGUCCGCUGCCUCCGCUGGCGGGCCCUGCUCGCCCUCCGGAGCUCAAGCCAACGCACUUUUCGCUCAUUACCGGGCCCGGUGGGGCCGCUGGCGGAGGUGGCGGGGCGGCGGGAGCUCCACUGCCGCCGCCGGCGGUUCCUCCGCUGCGGCCCGCUGCGCUGACGGCGACGCAGGCGACGGCGAUGCGGCAGGGGGCGCUGAAGCGGCUGAUGGCGCUACCGCCGUGCGCCGCGCCGGGCCGGCAGAUGCGGCAGGCGGUUCUAGCGCGUUUCGGAGCGCGAAUCCCCCCCGGCGGCGCAACCGCCGAACAGCUGCUGUCGUACAUCCUACGGCACUACCAUGAGGGGGGGUCGGAGCUGGCGCUCGCAUGGUUGCAUGCGCUGUUCGUACAGGGCUGUCCCAUGCCGCCGGAAGUGGUGGCGGCGGCGACGGCGGCAGCAAGAAGGGCCGCCGCCGCGGAGGGUGCUGGUGGUGCUGCUGCUGCCGACGUGGGACCUAGGGGUAGCAUGGAGGGUGCGGAGAUGAUGGAUGAGGACGAGGGGAAGGAUGAGGAGAAGAAGAAGGAGCAGAAGGUUGCAGGGGCUGAGGAUGGGGAUUUUGGGAAGCCGGGUUUGCCUGCGGAGGAGAGUGGAGCAGCGGCGGAUGCAGGGGCGGAGGCGAUGGAAGCGGAAUCGGGGCCGCAGGCUGGGGCGGUUGGGGAUGGCAGCCUACAAGGCGGCGAAGGAGCAGGCGAGCAGGCAGCAGCUGCUGCAUCGCACAGUGGCGCUGGCAGCGGCGGUGGCGAGGAUACAGUCAUGGCAGGGGCAGUGGAGGCAGAGGCACCGGGGACCGGGGAUGCGGGAACAGCAGGCGCGGGGGCGGCAGCAGCAGCAGCCACUGCUGAGCCUCCGGAUCUGAGUGGUACGGCGUACGAGACCGUACUGCUGGCGUUACUGGAGCGGGCGAGGCAGCAUGCGGUCACCUGGCACGCGCGGCAGCUCCGUCGCUACAGCCGGGGCCUGCGGGAGGCGGCGGCGGCGCUGCAGCAGCAGCGGGCGCAGCUGCAGGGGGUGCAGCCACCCGCCGCCCGGUUGGCUGGCGGGCUGGAGGGCCUUAUGGCGGCGUCACGGCA